GACUCCGCUACUCUGGCUUCCCCGCAACAGCGGCACAAGCCUCUCUCUCCUCUCCCCUGUCCCUCCCUCGUUCUCUUCCCCGAAUUCCGUCGGAAUCCCGCCGCGAAAUCACGACAUCUGCGCCUCGCGGAUCGCCGCGGGCUCCCCACCGCCCCUCGCCAGGCCGCUCGUUACAUGGACUGGAGCUGCUGGGAUCACGCUGCGCGCAAACCCUCGUGCUGAGCUGCUUCGCUGCGGCGUGGCUGGUCUGGUCCAGUUUUUGGUGGAUUGAGUCGAUCGAGUUGCCUUGUGGUUGGUUACUGGAGGGGAGGUGAUUGCUUGCCUGAUUGGGGAAUUCUGGAAGCUGGUAGAAUUGUAGUGGCUAGAUUGCUAUACUAACUCAGUGGAAGCUCAAAAGCAAUAUGGUAUCUAUGAUGGUGCAUGGGAGGUGAGCAGUAGUUGGGUUAGCACAAGUUGGGGAUCAGGAAUUCUGUGUAGGAAGGGAAAUGGGAGGCCUCUGCUCGAAGGUCUCAGCGGUGGACAAGUCGCCGAGCGACACCGCGCUUGGCCGGGACCAGAUAUUCGAUCAUCAGCCGGUGACCUUGAAGCAGGAGAAGUCAUCGUUGUUGUCCGAAGAGGCCGCGGCGAAGCGGGCAGAAGAUCAGCAGCAGCAGCAGCAGUCUUUCUCCUUCUUCGAGAGCGUAGUGCCCGGCCUUGCUGUUUACAAUGGUGCAGAUGCUGGACACACGGGGUCCAGGACGCCGCGGUUGGCUCGGACGCUGUCGCAGAAGGCUGGUUUGGGCAAGACAAAGGUUUCGGAAAUGAGCAUGAUUUUUGGUAGAGCUAGCACGGCUGGGCUCGGGAAGGCAGUGGAGGUUCUAGACACACUCGGAAGUAGCAUGGCAAGUUUAAAUGCUAGCAGUGCUUUCGUGUCAAGUUCAGCAAAGGGAAACAAAAUAUCUAUUUUGGCUUUUGAGGUGGCAAAUACUGUAGUUAAGGGUUCCAAUUUAAUGCGUUCUCUGUCCAAGUCUAACAUAAAGCAUAUAAAAGAAGUUGUGCUCCAUUCAGAAGGUGUCCAACACCUUAUAUCCAAAGAUAUGGAUGAACUACUUGAGAUUGCAGCUGCUGACAAAAGGGAAGAGUUAGAAGUAUUCUCAAAGGAGGUUAUUCGUUUUGGUAAUCGUUGCAAGGAUCCUCAGUGGCACAACUUGGACCGCUACUUUGAAAAGUUGGCGUCAGAAAGAAGAACUUCCCAGCAAUACCUGAAACGAGACGCGGAGGCAGUGAUGCAGCAACUGAUAAUUUGUGUUCAGUAUACAGCUGAAUUAUAUCAUGAAUUGCACGCAUUGGAUAGAUUUGAACAAGACUAUCGUCGUAAACAUCAAGACCAUGAUGGCUGUGGUUCAACAGGUGAAAGUCUGCAUAUACUAAAGCAGGAAGUGAAGAGCCAAAAUAAGCACGUUAAAAAUUUAAAAAGAAAGUCACUUUGGUCCAAGAACUUGGAAGAGGUGAUUGAAAAGCUUGUAGACGUUGUCCACUUCUUAGAUCUGGAGAUCUAUGAUGCCUUUGGUUAUGCUGAGAGUGAAGAACCACAAGAACCCGUGAGACACCAUAAGAGACUGGGACCAGCAGGCCUUGCGCUGCAUUAUGCAAAUAUCAUCAAUCAGAUUGAUACACUUGUUUCUCGAUCAAGUUCGAUCUCUCCAAACACUAGGGAUAAUUUAUACCAAGGUUUGCCACCUACCAUCAAAUCUGCUCUCCGGUCUAGACUACAAUCUUUUGAAAUAAAAGAAGAGCUUAUGGUUUCCCAAAUUAAAGCUGAAAUGGAGAAAACUUUGCGAUGGCUUGUCCCUAUUGCAAAUAACACGACUAGGGCGCACCAUGGCUUUGGUUGGGUUGGAGAGUGGGCAAAUACAGGGUCUGAACUGAACUGCAAACUAUCAGGACAGAUGGAUUUAACCCGAAUUGAGACACUGUAUCAUGCUGAGAAGGACAAGACUGAAGCACAUAUCCUUGAGCUUGUUGUGUGGCUUCAUCAUCUCAUCAGUAAAUCCAGAGCUGCUAAUGGAGAUGUAAGGUCUCCUAUCAAAUCUCCUGUUCGCUCACCAACACAGAGGGGUCACACAAUCAGAUUGCAGCAGCCGGACCAAGUGCACAGUUCGCCGAUUCUCACACCAGAGGAUCAGGAUAUGUUAAGCUGUGUCAAGUACAGGAAAUUUGUCCCUGGGAUAAGCAAAAGUCAAGAAUUUGAUACAAGGUCAAGGCAUAACAAACAUAGUAGAUUGUGCAAGAGCAGUAGCCAUUCUCCAGCCAGUGGCAGCAGGAAAGAUUUGCUCUCAGUUAGGAGGUUCUCCCUGCUUCCUGUUAUAGACUUUGAGAUUGAUAGGACAAAAGCUUUGGAUUUAAUUGACAGACUUGAUGAUCUCAAAACACAGUGAGGAACCAACCAAAAAGAACCUAGAAAUUAUGCGGUCAUCUUUUAUUCUGAAAUCCCUGAAUGGAUGUAAAAAUCGGUGUUUACCUACAGAAAGGCCACUCAGACUGGGGGGGAAACUAGCAGUAUAAAAGCAGUAUGCCAAUGUGAUGGUACCGAGAGUAUUGGUAUUUGGUGGUAGCAAACAUUGUAUCACCUAUCAUGGUCUGAACAGAAAGGGAAAUUAUUGUGUUAAUAUAUAUCUGUUGUUUUAGUUGCUUGUAUAAGAAUAUAAGUUUUGACACAAAAUCGCAGAGAUGAGAUCUCUAUGUUGUACAUAUUCAUGAGCGGAUAAUUUCAGUAUCAGAUGAUUCGUGUAAUAGUGUAACAGUUUGAAUGUAGAUGUAAGCCAGAACAAAUUUCACUUUA